CUGGAUAUGUGUAGUAGUAUGGUAGUAAAAUGGUGAUUAGGAAUGCAACUAACUACUUCUCGUAUUGUCUUGAUGUGUAAAGCAGGGUGUAGUUUCCCGCUGCUUGUCAGUGCCAGGCUGAAGCACACUGCUAAGACCAUAGAAUAGAUUGUAUUGACUUUCUUUUACAGAUUUCGAAAUAGGGAAAUUCCGGUGCUAAAAUGCUACGUUAAAGGGCUCAUCUAUGGAUGGUAAAUUAGUGAACAGCACUCCAAAACUAAAACAAAGAGAAGAAACAGUGUAACAAAGUUAGCAGGGGGUAAAAUGAAGAUUUUUGGCUAACGGGACAUUGAGUACAAUCAUUUGAAAUACCCAUGCAAUACUUUACUUUAUUACAAAAUGCUGUCCUCCCAGUAUUUUUCAAUUGAACAGUCGUCAUAGAAUGCCAAAAACCUUUCCCACAACAGAAGAGGACCCGGAAGAAUUGUAUCACUAAAGGUUAACAGGCCAAUCCACCUGGUCUCCUCAUUAUCCACGAUGAAUGUGUCCCAGACGAUAGAGACGGAAGAGGAUCUCCUCCCUUGUCUCCAUGUCAAACUCUACCACCCUCAGCAGAGCUCCAAUAGUCUUUACGGGCUCAUCCCUCUGGGGAAAAGAAGCAAACACCCAGCAGAGGACCCUCUCAGGCUGGGGCGCGAUGGCCAGGCCUGCACUGUCGCCCUGCUUGACACCCGGGUGUCCCGCAAACAGCUGGCCAUCCAAGCCUACUACACCCCCAGAAGCCGGGACAUGCUGUUCAGGAUCCAGAACCUGAGCCAGAGGGCCCAGCUGUCUGUGAACAGCUCAGCGUUGGACUACCUAGAAGUAGUGGAUCUCCCGGACAAAGCCCUGAUCCGGUUCGGACAGUACGAGAUGCUGAUCAUCCGAGAGUCCGGCGAGGCCAAGGCCAGCUUCGAGGUGGAGUUUGAAGUCCUGACAGUGCCUCCGUCCAGAGAGACUUGCACCUGUGAGCCUAGCGUGACCCCUGUCUCGGACACAGAGUAAUUAAUGGUGAACAGUUUGCUAGGAGAACUCAGAAUAAUUGGCCCCAGUGAAACGGAUGAGACUGCAAUAUGUUAUUCAUGAUGUAGAGGCUCUUUACUUUCUAACUUAAACUGCUGUGUCAUUGUCACCUCUUUGUAAGGUUAAACUAUAGUAUUAUUCUGCUCCCUAAAGCUGUGAUCUUAAUAUAAUAACUACUUUUAAAAUGCCUUCUUCAUGCUUUUUUAAAUUAAAGUCUGUUUUAGUUAAAUGGUGUUGUGAAUGCUGUGGCCAAAUAUGUGACUACCCUCAUACACCACUAUUGCUGGAACACAAAGCGGGGUUAACAGAUUACAAAACAGGUUUGUCCAGUUUUGCAUUUGAUAAAGUCGGUUUCACAUGUCCGUUAGCAGAAGUUCUCGGAACAUUUAGAAUUUCCACUUCACUUUGUUCCAGUAGAUGUUUAAGGAGGUAUAAUGUAGUUUUCUUGACUUACAGCAAGCCAAACUAUACAAUUCUAUCAAAUUAUGAUUAAAACAUCUAGAUUUCACUAAGAAUAGUACAAUUAGAUU